GAGCCUUCUCGUCACCUCACCUGCACCGUUCCUUGUUCUUUCGCCUUAUCGCCAUUCUGUCUUACCCACGUGCCCCCCCCACCACGUAUUAAAGUUAAGCCACCGGGCUCGUCCUCCUCAUCGCCUCUGGUCGUCACCUUCCCCUCUCCGGUACUCCGAUUCGCAGCAACGAUGAUGGAAGAAUCGUGGCCGUCGAUGUGGUCCUCCGUACGAGGCUGGUUCUCCCCUACCGUCCUCUUCGUGAUCCUCAAUAUCGUCAUCGGCACCAUCGCCCUCACCUCCAAGACCCUUCGCUCCCACCGCCACCGCGACAACGACGACGACGACGACCACCCCCGUCCGAUUUCCCGCGGCCCCUCCGCCGUCCUCGAACGCCUCCGCUCCGUCGGUCUCUUCCGCUUCCGAUCCGGCGAUUUCCCCCUCGACGCCGCCCCUCCCUCCCCCAAAUCGGAGCCGCCGGCGGCACCCGAUGCUUCCACAGGCGGCGAGCAGCAGCACCACAUCAGCCGGUGCCAGUCGGACCCACAGGAGGCGCCGGGGGAGGAGAAGGAGAAGAAGCUGUCGGGGCGGAUGAAGAAGUCGGCGAGCGAGAAUUCCCCGUUCGCGCACCUCGACGAGGCGGAGAUCGUGCGGGUGCCGGCGGCCGCGAGGAGCCGCGGCCGGGCGGCGCUUGUGGAGGAGGAGGAGGGGGUGGACGCCAGGGCAGACGACUUCAUUAGCCGGUUCAAGGAGCAGCUCAAGCUUCAGCGCCUCGAUUCUAUUCUCAGUUACAAGGAGAUGCUCAAUCGUGGAAAAUAGAAUCAUUUAUUUGAUUUGUUUUCUGUCAAAUUAAUGUAGCUUUUUACCGUAACUACUACGUGUGUGUGCGCGAGAGAGAUCUUGGGUAUAUUCUUUGGUAUCUUUUAGGUUUUAUCAUUUUAUGUUUGGGAAUGUGUUGUUCUUGGGAGGCAAAAUUUUAUAUCAUGUUUAAGUGCUCUAAAACUGGUUAGCCGGCACUGCACAUGCUGUAUGCAUGGGUGCUGUGGUUUCUGUCCAAAAUUACCCAUUUUAAGGGCUUGCUUCCUUUGUUGGACGUUGACUUC